AUGAACCCCUUGCCCUCAUCUCAGCCCGCCAACUCCCGCCGUCCACAUCGCCGCACCUCCAUUCACCGGCUCAGCACCAGCGGCUCCACAGAUUAUGUGCGUACACAGACCCCUCCCGCAGUAACGCCACGGGGAAGCGGGACCCACGCCAUCCCCCCAACCGUAAGGGACGAAAUCUACGAGAUCAACGAGAUCAAGCGCUACGAAGACUUCACGACCAUCGACUGGGUGCAGGAUGCCGUGCACGAGCAGGCGCGCCGGCGAGCGAAGCGUAAAGAUGGCUCGCGGUUCUGGGACCAAGAGGGUACGUUGGGAUGGAGAAGGAAAGUCAGCGAAUCGUAUGAUGCUGGCCAGUCGUGGCUGGUUGUCACCAUCGUUGGGGCUGCGAUUGGGUUGAAUGCGGCCUUUCUGAAUAUUGUCACGGAGUGGUUGGCAGAUAUUAAGUUGGGGUAUUGCACGACGGGAUUUUAUUUGAAUGAGUCGUUUUGCUGUUGGGGUGCCGAAGAUGGUUGUCCGGAGUGGCGGCGGUGGACAUCGAUAGCGCCAUUAGAUUACAUCGCAUACUUUAUAUUCGCGGUGCUUUUUGCGUUCUCUUCUGCCGUUCUUGUCAGCUCAUUUGCGCCAUAUGCUGCAGGGUCCGGCAUAUCGGAAAUCAAAGUUAUCAUUGCUGGUUUCAUCAUGAAAGGUUUCCUUGGGGCAAGAACCUUGAUUAUAAAAUCUUUGACCUUACCGCUGUCCAUUGCAUCUGGGCUCUCAGUGGGCAAGGAAGGCCCCAGUGUCCAUUUUGCCGUAUGCACUGGAAAUGUCAUUUCACGAUGGUUCAGCAAAUAUAAACGAAAUGCAGCAAAGACUCGGGAGAUCUUGACUGCCACAGCUGGCGCUGGAGUAGCGGUCGCCUUUGGUUCUCCUAUAGGAGGUGUUUUGUUUUCGUUGGAGGAAAUGGCUUCAUAUUUCCCCUUAAAAACGCUUUGGAGGAGUUAUUUUUGCGCUCUAGUGGCAACUGGAGUCCUUGCGGUCAGCUUGUAA